AUGUUGUCGUCUUCACUCCGCUCCCUCUGCUACAGAGGCCCCUCAAUCGCCUCCCGGGCCUUCAGUACAUCGCCCCUCGCUCGAUCUGCCGAGGUCAAGUCGCUGGGUGUGAUAGGAGCUGGUCAAAUGGGACUGGGCAUCGCGCUGGUUGCUGCCCAAAAAGCCCAAGUUCCAGUAACAUUAAUCGACACAUCCCAAGCAUCUUUAGAUAAUGGACUCAAGUUUGCCGACAAACUCCUCGCCAAAGAUGUAGCCAAGGAGCGCCUGACGCAGGAGGCGGCGGACGCGGCGCGGGCGCGCAUCACGCCGAGUCAGAAGAUGGAGGACCUGGGCGGGGUGGACUUUGUGAUCGAGGCGGUGCCGGAGAUCGAGGCGCUGAAGCGGCGGAUCUUCGAGCAGCUGGCGCAGAUCGCGCCGCGGCACGCGAUCCUGGCGACCAACACCUCGUCCAUCUCGAUCACCAAGAUCGCCGCAGCGACGACGGCGGACCCGACGGACCUGCAGGCGCCGGCGCGGGUCGUCUCGACGCACUUCAUGAACCCGGUGCCCGUGCAGAAGGGCGUCGAGAUCAUCGCGGGCCUCCAGACGGCGCCGGCCACGGUCGCCGCCGCCGUCGCCUUCGUCCGCCGCAUGGGCAAGGUCCCCGCCGUCUCGGCGGACUCGCCCGGGUUCCUGGCCAACCGCAUCCUCAUGCCCUACAUCAACGAGGCCAUCAUCUGCCUGGAGACCGGCGUCGGCGCCAAGGAGGAUAUCGACAGUAUCAUGAAGAACGGCACCAAUGUGCCCAUGGGCCCGCUGGCGCUGGCGGAUUUCAUUGGCCUGGAUACCUGUCUGGCCAUCAUGAAUGUCUUGCAUCAGGAGACCGGGGAUAGCAAGUACCGGCCUUCGGGGCUGUUGAAGCGAAUGGUGGAUGCCGGGUGGUUGGGCAAGAAGUCGGGCAAGGGCUUCUAUGACUACUGAUCGCGCGACGGCGCUG